AUGCAAAAUACCAAAAAUAUUUUAUUCGGAGUUACGGGAUCAGUUGCUGCAAUAAAAAUCCCUGAAAUUGUAGAAAGGUUGCAUAAUUUAGCUACUUCUGAUAAUAAUUCUGUAAACAUUAAGAUUGUAAGAACUUUGAGUGCCAAAGAGUAUUUUUUUGACUCUGAAUCUUCCGAUAAAUUCGAGGUUUUUGACGAUUGUCCAAGAGUAAAAUACAAUAAAUCGGAUCCUAUUUUACACAUUGAGUUGCGUCGCUGGGCGGAUAUUUACGUGAUUUGUCCCCUGGAUGCAAACACUCUAGCUAAGAUAUCAACAGGUUUAUGCGAUAACUUACUGACCGAUAUUGCAAGAGCUUGGGAUAUGAACAAACCGUUUUGGGUUUACCCUUGCAUGAAUACCUUUAUGUACGAACAUAUAUUAACUGAAGAGCAAUUAAACAAGUUAAAAUCAUUUGGAAUAAAAGUAAUUGAACCAAUUAGUAAAAAAUUGGCUUGCGGGGAUUACGGAAUGGGCGGUUUGCCGGAACCACAAGAUAUAGCCAACGACUUAUAUACCAGUCUUUUUAAAUGA